CGCUCCGAUACAACCUAAGCUACCAAACGCUCCUCUGGUCUUUAUAAGGUAGGGGUGGAGCGAGAAAGAGAGGAGGAGAGAGAGAAUUAGAGGCAACGCAGAAGGAGCGAGAUGCAGAGCGUUGCAUUUGGUUUGUCGCCUUCAACCCCUCUCCUCCGGUCCCGAAGGCUUCCGAGGCCAAACCCGAGCGCUGGAUCAUUGUUUAGGCCUCUCUCCCACCAACCAUCGCCGAUCCGUAAUGCUCUCUCUCGCCCUCCGACCCUUCUCUCGUCUCGCCUCAUCGGCACCCGUGGCUGGGCUUCAGGUCCCUCUAGCGGGCCGGAUCGGGAGAGGGCGGAGGUUCUCGUGGCGAGGGCGAGCUCCUCCGUCCCCGAGAGCGCCGGUGGCGAGAGCAGCGCCGCCGCCACCGCCAAGACCAGCAGCGGUGGCGGGCUGCUUGGAACCCUGCUGCUUGGAUCGCUUUUCGGCCUCUGGUAUCUCUUUAACAUCUAUUUCAACAUCUAUAACAAGCAGGUUCUGAAGGUUUUUCGGUACCCAUUAACCAUCACAACAUGUCAAUUCACCAUUGGGACUGUCCUUGUCUUAUUUAUGUGGAUGACUAAUCUUCACAGGAGACCAAAGAUUUCUUCUUCACAGCUUGCAGCAAUUCUGCCACUGGCUAUGGUCCACACAUUGGGCAACCUCUUCACUAAUAUGAGUCUGGGAAAAGUUGCUGUAUCAUUCACACACACAAUCAAAGCUAUGGAGCCCUUUUUCUCAGUCCUUCUUUCCUCCUUGUUUCUGGGAGAGUUGCCUACUGUUUGGAUUAUCCUGUCUCUUGUGCCAAUUGUUGGUGGUGUAGCAUUGGCAUCUAUGACUGAAGCUUCUUUUAACUGGGCUGGAUUUUGGAGUGCAAUGGCUUCCAACGUGACCUUCCAAUCUCGCAAUGUUCUCAGCAAAAAGCUCAUGGUUAAGAAAGAGGAAUCUCUGGACAACAUAAAUCUCUUCUCGAUAAUAACAAUUAUGUCAUUUUUCCUGUUGGCUCCUGUAACUCUGUUUGUCGAAGGGACCAAGUUCACUCCUUCAUUUGUGCAGUCUGCUGGUUUGAAUGUUAAACAGCUAUACAUGAGAUCCCUUAUUGCUGGGCUAUGUUUUCAUGCAUAUCAACAGGUUUCAUAUAUGAUUCUAGCGAAGGUGUCACCUGUAACCCAUUCCGUGGGCAACUGUGUGAAGAGGGUGGUGGUCAUUGUGACCUCAGUUCUGUUUUUCAAAACUCCUGUUUCGUUUAUCAAUUCGCUUGGAACUGGUGUGGCACUUGCUGGAGUUUUCCUGUACUCAAGGGUGAAGAGAAUCAAGCCAAAGACCGCAUGAGUGGUCUUCUGUCUUUUCUUGUAGUGUUAGCAUGUGGGUUCUUCUAGGGAUGAUAUAAUUGUCUUAAAAUCGUUGGAUCUGCUUCCAGAAAUGGUGCUUGUAUUUGUUUUGCUGCCUCGCUUCUUAUCUCCUGUUCUUUUUUCCCUUUUUGGUUUUGUGGGUUGGGGAUUGCUGAGUUAGGACAUGGUCCUUUGUUCGAUUCAAUGAUUAAUCCAUGCACGAUCAAUCUUUUUAAAAUUUCCUUUACA